AUGAGUACCUUUGGGUACCAGCGAGAGCUGAAGAAGUACGAAGACCUGGACGAAGACAAGCUGUUGGCCACGCUGUCCUCCGAGGAGCUCCAGGAGCUGGAGAGGGAGCUGGCUGACCUAGACCCCGACGACAACGUCCCCAUCGGCUUGAGACAGAAAGACCAGACCGCCAAAACCCCAACCGGGACCUUCGACAGAGACGCUCUGCUGAAACACUGGGAGGACGAGAACAAGAAGCUGCAGCAGAACGAGAAUGUGGAGCCCAAACACAAACAGGAGGGACGUCCAGAUAAGAUCAGGGGGGAGCGAGUGAAGGCGGGCGCCAAUGACGCCGGCAAGACUGUGGAGAACGUCAGGAAUCUGGAUGACAGAAAGAAGAUCUCACAAAAGGGGAAGAAAGCACAGAGUGUCAAAAAUCAUGCAAAGGAAGACAAGAUGGAAAAGAAAGACGAGUGCAAGAAGGAGGCACCGAUAAGGAGUAAAUGUCCAGAGAAGAAAGGUUUGUCUAAAAGUUCAAGGACUGAAACCACAAACCAAAACCUGAACGUGACCUCUGACAGAGAGAGUGGAAACCCGACCGACAUCGCAGAGGCUCUGGAGCAGAUUCUACGCGAUGAUCCCACCAUGAGCGAAGUCAACCUCAACAACAUCGAAGAUAUUUCCCAGGAGACUUUGCUCCGUUUUGCCGAAGCCCUGAGCACAAACACUCACGUCCAUGUUUUCAGUCUCGCCAACACUCACGCUGACGACCGGGUCGCCUUCGCCAUCUCCAAGAUGCUUUGUGAGAACAGCUCCAUCAGGAACCUGAACGUCGAGUCCAACUUCCUGUCCGGUCAGGGCAUCCUGGCUCUGCUGGCGGCGCUGCAGCACAACAGGACGCUGGUGGAGCUUCGAUUCCACAACCAGAGGCACAUCUGUGGGGGCAAGGUGGAGAUGGAGAUGGUCCAGCUGCUGAGGGAAAACAUCACUCUGCUCAAGCUCGGCUACCAGUUCGACCUCCCGGGUCCGAGGAUGACGGCGACCAGCAUCCUGACGCGCAACCAGGACCAACAGCGACAGAGGAGGCUCCAACAGAAGAAGGAGCAGAGUCCAGCAGAGGUGUCGGGACAAGUUUCUGCUUCACCUGUAGAAAAUAAACCGCCAAAGAAGUCGUCACAAUCAUCUAAAACAGUUGAAAAUCAGAAAAGAAAUCCUCCUCCCGCUCCGCGACCGUCUGUAGACUCGCCCACGAGGAAGAUCGCCGAAAUGGUCAAACACCACGAAGGCUCGAACGGCACGAAGGCUCAGACGAACCAGAGGAAACCCAAGUCGAAGAAGAUCAAGAAUGGUGCCAAUGAAAAGGAGAGCGUCGAUAUUCUCAAAGAGCUGAAGAACGCCUUGAAGCCAUCGCUGCAGAAGAGACGAGAGGAAUCGUCCCGCUUGCCGCCGCCGCAGAGGUCGAGCCGCGAUGACCUGAUGGCGGCGAUUCGUGGGAGCAGCAUCAUGUCUCUAAAAAGGGUAAGACUUCCCGUGAGUCUGUCACUGACUUAUCUUUGCUCAGGAUUUGAAGGAAUCUCUUUUUAG